UCUUAUAUAGUUUAAUGAAAUAACUCACAUCCUUGGAUAUAAAAUCACUCCCCCAAGGCGGUGCUCCGAUGCAACUAUGAGCAUCAUGUGUUCAUUUGCCCUGAGGUACAACUCAAGCGCAGCUGCAGGAGUUAUCCGCGCAUCGACAUCUAUGGUUGUGCUGAGGAUAAGAAACGUGCUGAAAAGGAAAUGUGCGCUCAUUUGCCUUUCUGUUGCAGUUGUCAUCACAUACAGAUACCUAGGCAUACCAAGAGGGGGACAGAGAAUAACCAGGAAAUUUGGACUGAGCGCCAACUCGUCCCAGUUCUCCUUGGAGGGUGAGCCCUUCCGUAUCCUCGGUGGAUCCAUCCACUAUUUUCGUGUGCCCAGGGCCUACUGGAGGGACCGCCUGAUGAAAAUGAAGGCCUGUGGCAUAAACACCCUCAGCACAUGCGUACCAUGGAGUCUGCAUCAGCCCCAGAGAGGCGUCUUCAACUUCCACACACAGCUGGACCUAGAAGCUUACAUCAAUCUUGCAGCUGAACUGGGUUUGUGGGUGAUUUUACGUCCGGGGCCCUACAUCUCCUCUGAACUGGACCUAGGGGGCCUUCCGAGCUGGCUUCUACAAAAUGACGACAUGAGAGUGAGAACAACAUACCCUGGAUUCACCGAGGCUGUCAACAUUUUUUUUGACAAACUUAUCCCAAAAGUUGUCCCUUUGCAGUUUAAGAAGGGCGGUCCCAUUAUUGCUGUCCAGGUUGAAAACGAAUAUGGCUCUUUUGCUAAGGAUGACGCUUACAUGCCAUUUAUUAAAGCGGCUUUGCAAUCUAGAGGGAUCUGCGAAUUACUGCUCACAUCAGACAACCACAACACUCUAAAGUCAGGGGGUGUAGAGGGAGCCAUGCGAUCAUUGAAGUUGCAGAAGCUAAAUCAGAGAGACGUUCAGGAUCUGACCAUAAUCCGGCCAAACACACCCACUAUGGUGAUGGACUACUGGACAGGAUGGUACGAUGUGUGGGGUGACCUCCACCACGUGCUUCCCCCAGAGGAUAUGGUGUCUAGCGUUAGAGAGAUUCUGAGGCAUGGGAUGUCUGUCAACCUGUACAUGUUCCACGGAGGUUCCAGUUUUGGUUUCAUGAGUGGAGGACAAGCUGAACCUUCCUACAAAGCAUUGAUCCCAAGUUACGAUUAUGACGCUCCAUUGUCAGAAGCUGGAGAGUACACUCAGAAGUACCAUCUCCUCAGGGAUCUGUUCUCUCAAUUCAACAGAGGCGAAAAGUUCCCUGACAUGCCAGUGGUACAACAUAAGGAAGCGUAUGAACCUGCUAUCUUGUACCAGCACUUGUCUUUAUGGGAUGCUUUGCGCUUUACUGAGGGACCAUAUGAGUCCGACAUGCCGGUUAACAUGGAGAAACUACCAAUGAACAACAGGAAUGGGCAGUCCCAUGGAUACACAUUGUAUGAGACAACAAUCUCCAGUGGAGGAUUAUUGACAUCAGGAGACAAUGUUAAAGACCGUGCCCUUGUUUUUGUAAACAAAAGUUACAUUGGGCUUUUCAAGCGCCAAAAUUUGGAGCUGGCGGUCCCAGAUGGCAAGGGACAGCGGACUUUGAGUUUAUUGGUGGAAAACUGUGGACGCGUUCAUCGGGGACGAGAUCUUGACAAACAACGUAAAGGUCUUGUAGGAGACAUCUUAUUAAACAAUAUUCCACUAAGGAAAUUCACAAUAUACAGCCUGGAAAUGGAACCCAGCUUCAUUUAUAGUCUCUAUCAGGCUCCUUGGAAAACACUUCCCGAAUCUCCCAGUUUUCCAUGCUUUUUCAUGGGCCAACUCUUUGUAUAUGGCUAUCCCAGUGAUACAUUUGUGAAGCUGCCAGGUUGGGACAAAGGUGUCGUGUUUAUCAAUGGGAUAAACCUGGGACGCUACUGGUCCAUUGGACCCCAACAGACUCUCUACCUCCCUGGUCCAUUUCUCAAUAGGGGUAUCAACCAGAUCAUUGUGUUUGAGGAGCAAGAAGGUGACUACAAGGUCAACUUUGAGGACACAGCAGAUCUUGGCAUGGCAGCAGACAUCCAGUGACUCAUCAUCUCUAUGCCUUCUAUGCUAUCUGAAAUAUUUGAAGAAAUAUGUACAGUAUAAUAAUGAUGUGGCAGCACGGUGGGCGACUGAGUAGAGCGUCUGCCUCAGUUAGGUUUGAUUGUGAGUACGACUGUUGUCUGUCUCCAUUAUGCCCUGUGAUUGGCUGGCAACCAGUUCAGGGUGUACCCCACGUCCUGCCUGAAGUUACAGUAUUAAUUUUCUCUUCUUUUUUGUAAUGCGCUAGUAAUUUAAUGGCACAUUGCGUAAGAUUGUUGUUUAAAGGGAGGAAACUCAGACUUGAGUGAGAAUAAUAACCAUAUCGUUAAAUAAUGAAGUGCUCUCUGUUACUUUCAAUCAAAACAACAACAUAAACAAUUCUAUUGUUUAGUAAAUCGAUGAGGAAAAUUUGAAUCUUUGAUUACGUCCACCCUGUCUUGUUUUAGGUCUAAUUUGAUUGAGUACAUCAACUGGCCUAGUAAAACUCUUAUUGUUGUUUGAAACCGUCCAUCCAUUUUCUGAGCGGCUUAUCCUCAUGAGGACAAUGGGAGUGCCAGAGCCAAUCCCAGCUGUCAUUGGAGGUUGCCAGCCAAUCGCAGGACACACAGAGACAGACAGCAUUUGCACUCACAAUCACACUUAGGGGCAAUUUAGAGUCUCCAAUUCAUGUAUGUUUUUGGGAUGUGCGAGGAAACCGGAGUUCCCGGAGAAAAACCAUGCAGCCACAGGGAGAACAUGCAAACUCCACACAGGCAGGGCCGGGAUUUGAACCCCAGUCCUCACAACUGUGAGGCCAUCGCUAUUCCACCAUGCUGCCUAGUUUGAAACCCAAGAUAAUCAAUAAUGAAAAUAUUUUUAGAUUUUAUUCCAAUUUUGUCCAUUAGAAUAAAGUAAUAGACCUGUGUUAGAAGAGCCUUAAUAAAGACGAAAGAGGCCUAUUCGGAAACGUGGCUUUAGUAGAAAACUGGUUUCAUCAUUCACUGAAGGCACUGCAGACUGAACACAAUGCUCUAGAUGUAGUCUCAUCACACACACGGGAACACUAUACAUUUCAUGUGAGCCUUCCAUAAAGACACACGACGGUGUAAAUUUUUAUUCUGGACUCUUCUAUCUUAUUGGCCUGGACUGAAAGUCAUCACUUUACAUGGAGCAACUCAGUUUGGAUAUUAAAUCAUUGUCACAUACUGUAAAUGUAUGAAUCAAGACAUAAACUCUAUCUACUACAAAAUCAUACACUUUCAAUGGGAAUUUUAAAAUCAUGACCCCAAACACUGCAUUAGCAUUUAGAAAGAGCUCGUCCUUCAUAACCUUUGUUCAAAAGAAUAAAAUGUUGCUGC